AUAGUCCCGGAAAUAAUAUAGACAUAUAUCUUAAACCACUUGUCAGAGAGUUGAAAGAAUUAUGGGAUGAGGGUAUGGAAAUUUAUGAUGCAUCAGAACAUAAAAUGUUUAAGAUUCAUGCAGCUCUUAUAUGGACAGUUAGUGAUUUUCCUGGCCUAAGCAUGCUCUCUGGAUGGAACACAUAUACUGGUUUGGCUUGCCCAACUUGUAAUUUUGAUGCAAAACCUUGUUAUCUUAAUCAUAGCAAAAAAUGGUGUUAUAUAGGUCAUCGACGUUUUCUUGGUAGACAACAUCGAUUCAGGUUAAGUAGAGUUCGUUUUGAUGGACACAUAGAAGAACGUGAUCCCCCAGCUAAAUUAUCAGGAUCUGAAAUUCUGGCACAAGUAGAAAAUCUUGAUGUUACAUUUUGGAAGAAAGAAAAGUUGAACAAGAAAGGAAAAAGAUGUAGGCAAGCAACUAUGCAGUGGAGAAAGAGAAGCAUCUUUUUUGAACUUCCAUAUUGGAAAACCAACUUGUUGCGUCAUAACCUUGACUUUAUGCACAUUGAGAAAAAUGUAUGCGAUAAUAUUUUGUAUACUUUACUCAAUGAGAAAUCUAAAGCAAAAGAUAAUCUCAAUGCCCGAAAAGAUCUACAAGACAUGGGGAUAAGGCGUGAUCUUUGGCCAGAUGAUAAUGGAAAAUAUCACCUUGCUUUGUAUUCACUAACACGAGAUGCUAAAAAGGUCUUUCUUGCAACUUUGAAGAAUGUUAGGGUGCCCGAUGGUUACUCAAGUAAUAUAUCUCGAUGUAUUGAUGAGGCACAACAAAAAAUCAUUGGACUUAAAAGUCAUGACUGUCAUAUUUUGAUUGAGCAGUUGCUUCCACUAGCAAUCCGUAAUGUGCUACCAAACCAAGUUACCUCAGUUUUGAUUGAGUUCUGCUCAUUUUUUAGAAUUCUUUGUGGUAAGAGUCUAAGUCGUACAGAACUUGAUAAGCUCCAAGAUCGCAUUGUGAUUACUCUUUGCCAUUUGGAAAUGUUAUUUCCUCUAUCAUUUUUCACCGUUAUGGUGCAUCUAACAGUCCAUCUUGUUGAGGAAGCAAAACUUGGGGGGCCAGUCCAUUAUCGAUACAUGUAUCCCAUCGAAAGGGAAUUGGGACACUUGAAGUCCUUUGUACGAAAUAAAGCAUAUCCAGAAGGUUCUAUUGCUGAGGGUUAUUUAGCUGAAGAGUCUCUUACUUUUUGUUCUCGGUAUAUUGAUGACAUGGAAACUAGAUUUAAUAGGCCUAGUCGUCUUUGUUAUGAUCCCCCUUAUGAAAUGUCUUCAGUCUUGCCCAAGUUAGGUACUCCACAUGGAGGUCAUUCAAACUUCAAUUUAACUAAAAUAGAGAAGUUGCAAGCUCAUCGUUAUGUGGUUUUCAAUCGCGAAGGUGUGAAACCAUAUAUCAACGCCUUUAGAGACCACAUUAGGAGAACUUCAAAAGGAAGAAGACUCUCACCUGCAGAGAUAGAAAAGAAAGUUAAUAAAGACUUUGUUGAUUGGUUUCAAGCAUUGAGUGUGAAUCCAGAUAAUCCAUAA